CUACUUUUGAAAUGUGAGUUGAAGCCCAAAUAUUUUAAAGCCUCAAUAUUCAGCCCAAUGCAGGCCCAUCUGAAUACAGUCAAGUGUUAAAACGAAAAUGAGCUCAUUUCCAGUUAGAUAACUCGUAGUAGCUCCGGCAAUAAUGGCUGCAAUCAGCUUCUCCUCCUCUUUGCAUGCCUCAGCCUCUCCCCGUGUUUUUCGUCCACAUGUUUCCCGAUAUACCCCUGGGCUUACUCUCUAUUCACGAUUCACACCAUCCUUCUCCUUUCCCUCUCUCUCCUUCACACUCCGUGGCACAGUCCGGUCUCGUCGUCCCCUGUUAAUCGCGUCCGCCAUCAAGACUCUGGGGGAGACGGAGCUGCUUCCGAUUGCUGAGUCUGAUUCGAUUCCGGCCGAAUCCGGCGUAUACGCUGUCUACGAUAAGAACGAAGAGCUUCAGUUCGUCGGAAUAUCGCGGAACAUCGCCGCGAGUGUCUCGGCACAUGUCAAAUCGGUGCCGGGGCUGUGUGGCUCCGUCAAGGUUGGUAUAGUAGAAGAACCGGACAAGGCGGUUCUAACACAAGCAUGGAAAUCAUGGAUAGAAGAACACAUCAAAGUAACUGGAAAAGUCCCGGCAGGGAACAAGUCAGGGAACAACACAUUCGUCAAACAGGCUCCGAGGAAGAAAUCUGACAUCCGUCUCACUCCAGGCCGACAUGUCGAGCUCACGGUUCCUUUAGAGGCACUCAUCGACCGGUUAGUGAAGGAGAACAAAGUGGUAGCUUUCAUAAAAGGGUCGAGAAGCGCUCCUCAGUGUGGAUUCUCGCAGAGAGUGGUUGGGAUUCUCGAGAGCCAAGGAGUGGAUUACGAAACAGUAGAUGUUCUUGACGACGACUAUAACCACGGGCUAAGAGAGAAGCUCAAGAGUUACAGCAAUUGGCCAACGUUUCCACAGGUUUUUGUGAAAGGUGAGCUUUUAGGAGGCUGUGAUAUAUUGACCUCGAUGUAUGAGAACGGUGAACUUGGCAAUAUGUUGAAUUAAUCUCAAAAAACAUUUACAUAUAUAAAUCGAGAAUCCUAAUUAACGCUUGGAAUGUCUUCUUUAGUUUUCAAACUUCUGCCUCUUUUUUGGCAUUUGUAAAAGCUUGCCGAUUGUUUUGAACAAUACAUAAUCCGUUUUGUUCUGAAUCUCUUAGUAGCCGUUAAAGCAGGUGC